AUGGCCGCCUCUCCAUCCCAGCAUCCAUCGGCCACCAUCGACCUAGAGUCCGCCCAGCAUGUCCACCAGGUUUAUACUUAUCUCGACAAAGUCGGCGUACCAGGGGAUGGAUUUCAUGAAGGCAUCGAAAGAACUCGGGAACAUCGGAGGUUGUCAGCACUGGCCUCACUCACUCAACUUGCGGCUGCCGCCCAUUCAGACUCACUCUCAGACGCAGAAAUCCAGAUCCUAGGGAACGCAGACCGAUAUGGAUUCUUCAAGCCGAUGUCCUCCGAACGUGUACUCUAUCUGCCCUCAGAUGCAUUCUAUCCAACCGGCGUCUCCACCACCUCAGAUCCGAUCCUAGCCACUAGCCCUUCAGCCCUCAACUCAACCAACCAUGACCUAUUGAUCCAGGAGACGAAUCGGAUCGAAAAAUGGACAGAGAUGUUGACGGCCAGCUCACGUGACUCAGGCUCAAGUCAAUCGGCCUAUCAGCUCAAACCAGAAUGGCAUCAGCAGCAGAACCGAUUCGAGAAGAGGUGCUUCAAGGGGAUCCCUGACCGUUGGAGGCGAGCUGCCUGGGAGAUGCUCCUGGCCGAAACUGAUCACCCUCGUCAAUCCUCAACACGUCCUACCAUCCAACGCCUACAUCAACAGUUCAAUGCUCUACUUACCACCCCCAGUGAACAGGACGUCCAAAUCGACCUCGACGUACCCCGAACAAUCAAUGGCCAUAUCUUCUUUCACACCCGCUAUGGUAAAGGACAGCGCGCACUUUUCCAGGUACUCCACACAUUUGGAAUGUACUGCAAAACAUGCGGAUAUUGUCAAGGCAUGGGUCCCAUAGCAACAACACUUUUGAGCUAUUUUAGCGCAGAGGAUGCAUUUGUCUGUAUGGUUCGGAUUCAUGACAAUCUUCAAUUUCACAACAUCUUCUCUCCCGGAUUUCCUGGAUUAUUGGAAUGUUUUUAUAUUCAAGAACGGCUGAUUGAAUAUUUAAUACCAGCUGUUCAUGCCACUUUUGAAAAGCAGAUGAUUUCAAGUUCAGCAUACGCGACGAAAUGGUACAUCACGAUCUUUGCGAACACGGUACCAUACGAAGCCCAACUAAGGCUAUGGGACGCCUUCUUCCUGAAAGGGAUGGACGUCCUGAUCCUCGCAGCAGUGUCGCUUGUCUAUUGUCUUCGGAGCAAGAUCGGACCCGGGCAUGAUUUCGAGGAGAUCUUGUCCACUCUGGGCGGCCGGUUCGAGAUGGAAAACUCGUCCCGCUGGCUCCGCUCGAUUCGCAAACUACACAAUCGUCACGAUAUCCAGGACCUCAUCCACGAGUCCCGCUCUCAAUGGAAUUCAUUCGUCCGUGAUGGAUCCGCCUCAAAACGUGUCACAUGA